UUAGAAAAGUAAUUAGCAAAGUAUGGUUACGACAUUGAAGUAUGAAACUGGGUUACAGUGAUAGUCGUCGGAUUAAGUUUCAGAACGAAUUAAAUCAGAACUACCAACAUUUUGACAAUGAACGUCAAAAUCACGAGUCUAUCGGUCAAAUGAUAAAAUUGUAAACAUUGAAAUAUGAUUUAGAAAAAACAAUCAAUUACCUAAUAACGCAGUACUUAGGUGCUAUAAACAUUGUACGUAUAUAAAAUAUAAUUGUGAAAAUAUGUUACCGUUUUCUAAAAAAGCUCUUCACUGAGACUCAUACUUGAGUUUUUAUUAAAGGAAAUGACUGAUAUACACUGUCUACCAGUAGAAACUCUCGUAGAAAUACUAGUUAAAACUGAUGGCACGACCCUAGGUAAGUGUCGGAGAGUGUGUAAAAAAUGGAAAGAAAUUAUAGACGAUGUGGAUUUGCUAUGGGAAAAAAUUUGCAGAAAAGAAUACAAGUAUCCCUCGAGGAUCGCCAGAAAACGUUGCGGAAAUGACACGAGAUGGUAUCAUUUAUAUAAAAAUAUUAAAACUUGGUCGAAUGUUAUGUCGUACGAGAUAAAUAUUCGUGAAUUCUACAAAUUCAGUUUGAAUGAUAAAUCCCAUGCCCUAGGCAUCGAUUACGGAGUACUACCCCUAAAAGACACUAGAGGAGUAGUGCUGUACGAUAUGAAUAACUUAAAGUAUAUACCUGUCGCGGUUCCAGAGAGGAACUGCCUUAAAAUAGCAAACAACGACCAUGUCAGUGUUGUAUUAGUGAAGUCCGGUAUCUUUGUUCAGAAAACCGUUGAAGAUCAAGAAAAUAUGUCUGAAGCGUUCUUCUAUGCUGAUGAUUUCGUACUACACGGAGAGGAACUGUAUUUCUACAAUAACCGGGACAUAUACAAAUGUGAUUUAAGUUUUCAUAAUUUAUCAUCAAAAUUGAUUUUGCACUGUAAUUAUGAUAUCAAAGCAUUGCAGUACAGCGAUUGUACGAUUCAUGUAUUUACAGACUGCGGUAAAAUAGUAAACAUAUCUAAAGAUCUCACUGUCAAUGUGAGACCUUUAAACUGCCCCCCAGAAUGGAUAAAACAAAUAAAACAUAUAUGUCCAAUUAAUGAUAAAAACUUUGUAUGUUACUCAAGAAAUUUAUUCAAGAUUGAAACAGACAAAUACCGACAUUUAUAUUUGGAUUUUCCACCGAUCACAGCCCUAUUCUUUUAUGGAGACUUUGUUUUGAUUGGUACAAGAGCUGGAGAAAUCUUGUUAUAUCGGUUGUCCAGUCAAAAGAAGGCCACAAAGCCGAUAUUCGAGAAACUAUCAGAGUUACCAGACGGAAAGUUUGCUGUGCAAUUGGAUGUGUGUGAAAGAAAGUCUGGACCAGUUAUUGUGGCUGCAACAUUCUUUGAGAUUCUGUUGUUGGAAAUAGAUUUCUUUCCUUAUGAAAAAGAAAAUAAAACUUCAUUCGAAAUGAACAAGUUACAAAUGUACAAGCGUAUGUUGAGGCUACGGGAUAGAUUACGUGUUGGAAUACCGUCUCUAAAAGCCAUUUCUUAAUAAUAAACAUUAUUAAAUCAGGAUCAAUGUCUCACAAUACAUGUUGGCAUAUUUUUGCUGUUGUUAAUCAGCCUAUGCGUUUAUAGUUCACUUGGUGUGAAGAAGAGUUCACGGAAAUGUUUUUAAUAAUUAAUAAUUCUAAAUUAUUACAUAAAUAACACGUCCAUGCUGUUACUACUGUGAUUGAUGUCAUAAUCGUUUUUAUUAAUAAUCUUCAUGAGGCUCCUUAUUGUUAGCCCAAUAAGGGUUAUUAAUACAGUAUGAAGAGUGAUGUCAAAGAACAUAAUUGUUUUAUUUUUCUAAUUUGGUAUAAUAUCUCAUAUCAAUGAAUGUGUCCUAGCAAAAAAAAUCUUUAUAUCAGCUUUUAUUCUGCUAGCCAUAGAAUACAGCAUCAAUUCUGUAGAUUUUUACCCAAAUUAUAUCAGUUUUGGUUUGGUACCGUUUAGUAACAUAGACCCCCCCCCAAAAGUACUGUAAAAUACAGUAAUGACCAGCUCCUUACUUUACACUGACCGAUUUUGUUAGAACGAUAAGACGUCAUCUGCUUUCAGUAUAUACUUAGGCGAGUCCACUGCGCGGUACUUAGAGUGGCUGCUUGUACAGUGGGAACAGCGCCCCUAGCGGCAAACGUAGGCACACGUUCCAACUCCAUACAAAUCUCAGUUAACUUUUACGCUAUCGAGAACGUUAAAAAACUCGCACUAAGCACACUAUAGGGUUUGUCGAGAAGGGAACAAUUUGGAUUUAAUAUUACAAAAUCAGAAGAUAGUAUAGGUAUAUAGGUAUCCUUUCUCAGGACUAGAAAGCGUCCACUAUCUCAACGAUGGAAUAACUUAUUGCCGAUACCUAAGAUUUAAGAUUGGCUAAUAUGUAGUGUGCUACUAAGGGUGUGAUAUAUAUAUAAAAAAAUGGGAAACAUUUUUUCUAAUCAUUACCAGGAGAAAUGCUAGUAACAAGAUACGUAAAAGAGAAAAUGUAAUACAUUAAUCUGAAUCGUGAAAGCUAAUUACAAACACGGUGUACACCCAGUUGAGUGUAUUCAAGUAGAUUAGCUCGUAAAUUAUUUAUUGUUGAAUAAAUGUUUUUUUGUUAUA